AUGGGAGCUGGGAAAAGUGCCACAGGAAAUACCAUCCUGGGCAGGAAAGAGUUUGAAUCCACAAUCUUAGGAGGAUCAAUUGCCAAGACAUGCAAGGAAGCCCAGACCAAUUGGAAAGGAAGGCAGGUUUCUGUAGUUGAUACUCCAGGCAUUUUUGAUGCAAACACCCCAGAGCGAGACAAUUUAAAUGCAAUAGCCCAUUUCAUGACACUCUCCUCUCCCGGCCCACAUGCUCUCCUACUAGUGUUGAGAGUGGGUCGUUUCACAGAGGAGGAGAAGGCAGCCAUUGAGAGGCUUUAUUCUCUUCUAGGUGCUGAUGCAGUCAGGUUUUUGAUCAUUGUAUUCACUGGGAAAGAUCAGCUAGAAGAACUAAGUAUAAGGGAUUAUGUAGAAUCCAUUCAAGACCCCUAUUUCAAUGAAUUGAGGAAGAAGUGUGGAAAUCGAUAUUGCUCACUUGACAAUAGGGCAAGAGGAGCUCAGAGGGAUGCCCAGAUUUCAGAGCUGAUGGCCAUGAUUGUUAGCAUGGUGCAAGAGAAUGGAAACACCCACUACACCAACAAUGUAUAUCAAUCGGUGGAAGACUACCUCCAGAAGAAGACACAGGAAAGUGUGGAAUACAUCAAGAUGCAGCAUCAGAGGGAAAUGGCAGAAAUUAGGCAAAAGUAUUCAAAUGAGGAACAAAGGAAAAAAAAGCCCAGGAAGCCGAAGAAAUGUACCAGAGAAGUAAGCAGGAAGCUAGGAAGAAUACUGAGACUAAUGACAAUAUCCUUUUCGGAGUGGUUCUGA